AGGAAGCGACCGCCCAUGGAACAACCCGCGGCGGCAGGAGACGGCGCUCGCCAGAAGAAAUCCUCCGCGGCCAAGAAGGCGAAGAAGGGCGGCGCCAGCGCCAGCGCCAGCGGCGGGGCAUGGCCGGCGAUAAAGCCCAAGAAGGAUCUCCAGGUCAAUCGCCUCAAGGGCACCCAGCUCCUCACCGUCCCUGAUUUCCUCACAUCCGCCGAGGCGAAGGCCUUCAUCGACGUCGCUGAAACUAUGGGCUUCACGCACCAGGGCAGUCUCGGGCCGCUCAAGGGGGAGGCCUUUAGGGAUAAUGACCGGAUAUCUGUCACGGAUCCCUUGCUCGCUCAAACCCUCUGGGAAACAGGGAUAAACAGGAUAUUCACGGACAUCAAUAUCGCUGGCAAAGUGGCAACCAGCUUGAAUCCAAAUAUCAGACUUUACAGGUACGUUGAAGGUCAGCGCUUUGGUAGGCAUAUCGAUGAGAGUGUCAGCCUUGGGGAUGGUUCCAGGACACAGUACACGUUGCUAAUAUACCUUUCUGGCAAGGGAAGCGGGAAAGAUUCGCAGGCUCUUGUUGGAGGGGAGACUGUCUUCUAUGAUCACCGGGGAGGAAUUGUUGCUGAGGUUGCCCCAGUGCAAGGAAUGGCUCUACUCCACCUACAUGGUGCCAGGUGCAUGCUGCAUGAAGCUCGGGUCGUGAAGAAGAAUGUCAAGUAUGUGCUUCGUUCAGAUGUUGUAUUUGCUUAG